AUGGCUGAUGACCUCGGAUUCAACGAUCUCGAUUGGAAAGAUAGCACGUGAGUUACGAGGGAGAGAGAGAGAGAACAAAGUGGGAGAGAGAGCUCAAUGUGCUCAAGAAAAAUUUGUCGCUUUCCAGACUACACACUCCGAACCUUCGAAACUUGGCGUUCCACAAAAACACAGCAUUAUUGACUAAUUCAUACGUUAACCAAUUAUGCACGCCGUGAGUUUUUGCGGGCUUUUUUGCUCAGAACAAUGUUCUUUCUGACUGACGUGUUUUUCCUCUUGUUUGACAGGACUCGAAGUGCCUUCAUGACGGGUUACUACCCAUUCCGAGUAGGCACCCAGGUACCUAGAAAAACACAAAAAAAGAAAAGAGAUUGGUGUUCAGAAUGGAGUGUUCUUACACAUGGAACCAUCCGGAGUGCCCACCAUGUUCCCGUUCCUGUCAGAAAACAUGAAACAACUGGAUUACUCCACGUACCUCGUUGGCAAAUGGCACUUGGGGUACUGUAAGAAGGAAUAUCUGCCAACGAACAGAGGAUUUGACUACUUUUACGGGUUCUACGGUCCUCAAACCGGAUACUUCAACCACAGUGCCGGUAAGAAAAGCGUUUUAAGCGAGCAAUGAUCUAAAAAAACAAAAAAAAAGGCCGGAAGCAAUUAUUGUUGGAGCGAGCUAGUCAGACUGAUGUCAUCUCUGAAAUAGGUUUACCCGCUGCACAAUAAUUACUUUUUUCCAGUUUUCUACACGGUUGAAAGAUUUUAAGUGUUCAGUUUGCAACGAAUAACGGUGACUCGUCCCUCGUUUCACUCAUGCAUAAAAUGAAUUGGGAUGCUGAUGUAGAAGCAAAAAUAAUGCUGACGUAGCAAAAAAACAGAAGAAUUGAGCAAAAUGAAAAAUAAACGGGGUAGAGCAUCGAAAAAACGUUGUUUCUUUGUUAGCCUUGGGGAAUGAGUAUAAUGAGUUUUCACUUCUCCCAGCGUGCGUACUCAGUACUCAGAACUAGUUAUCCAUCGAGAACAAAGACUACUGGUUAUUAAGAAAAAACUUUAUAAUUCUAGACCAAUAUCACCGGGAGCUGAAAAGAGUCGUCAAGGGAUUGGACUUGUUCGAAGAAGUUGGAAACGGUAAAAGUGCGCCGGAUUUUUCACAAAAUGGUGUUUAUUCCACGGUAAUCAUGUAUUUGGUGCAGAAAUCUUAUAGCACUUUAGGAUUUAUUUACGGAUGUCGCAAUGAGCGUACUGGACAAUCACAACGCCUCAAAACCAUUUUUUAUGUUCCUAUCCUAUCAAGCAGUUCACCCACCCCUGCAAGUACGGAAAUCAUGCAAACACACAGAAAAAGAAAGUUUAUUUUGAGGUGCCACGGUCAUUUGACAAGUAUUGCACGCGAGUCAAAUCUCGCUAUCGUCGGAUUUAUUGCGGUAAAGUUUGUUUGCUUGAGAAAUGUCCUAGAAAAACAAAGUGCUUGAAACAGCUGUAUACUUUGAGGAAAGGACAAAAGUGACGUUGCCCUUCUUCAUUCAACAUUUGAAUUUGCAUUUGAGGCGAGGGACAAGACAAAAUACCAAAGGUUAUCUUUAGGAAUGUUGACAGCGAUGGACUUUGCAAUUGGGCGACUUGUAGACUAUCUGAAAGCGGCUAAUUUAUACGAGAACACUGUAAUUGUGUUUACAAGUGAUGUAGGAACCCAUAUGAAAUGAGAAGACAGGGAGAACAAAACUGCUUUUCAGAAUGGCGGAACAUCCAACUUCGGAGCAUCGAAUGCGCCUUUAAGAGGCGAAAAGGACACUAUUUGGGAAGGUGGCACCAAAACCACAACUUUUGUGCAUUCACCAAUGUACAUAGAGGGAGGAACUCGAGAAAUGUGAUCAAAGUUCUGGUACCCCUUCAAUUCAAUGUUUCAGGAUGUUUCACGUCGUCGACUGGCACGCCACAAUCCUUUCCAUCACCGGUCUGGAAAUUGAUUCCUACGGUAAACAUCUAACAAACACACCCUUCACUUUGCAAUCAAAACUACUAUUUGCAGGCGACGGUAUCAAUCAGUGGGAGUAUAUAAAAACGAACCGGCCAAAGUUCCGUCGCUUCCAAUUUGUUUACAACAUUGACAGUCACGGCUCUGCAAUUCGGUGCGUCGACUGAAAUGUUUAGAGUGAAAUUUCAUACGUGCUUCACAUUUUGCAGCGAUGGUGAUUAUAAACUAAUCGUCGGGAAUGUUGAUCGCAAAAUGUCAAAGGACAAAAAUAAAACACGAUUGUUCAGGAUAUCUUGUAAGAUCACCAAGAGGUUUAGAAAUGUGAGAUGAGCCCAAUCAUGUUUCAGCGGAUCCCACAGAAUCCAAAGACAUUGCAAGAAGUAAUCCAAAAGUAGUUAGGAGGUACAUUUACUAUCAUACAAUCGGGCCAUUUUAAUGUUGAGAAUAUGCGCUCGAAAACGCCUCGGGACAUAAAUUUGAGUUGCUAAAUUCAACAAAAAAAGCCUGACAUGUGUUUCCGAGCCGUUUUCCCGCGCAAAUUCUCAACAGAACGCGUUCACAGCAAAAUGCCCCGAUAGUAGUUUGGGUCACAUUGUUUUCCAUUUCCAUUUCCAGAUUACUUGCCAAACUUGACCAACUGAAGCAGUUUCUUCAUAAAAACGUUCGAAAACCACUAAGUCUCGCUGGCAGUCCUGAAAAACUGAACGGAACCUAUUCGAGCUACUGGUGUGAUGCCUGA